AUCCGAAGUUCUGGAUUCAUCGCAGAACGUGGUAGAAUCUCAGCUUCUUCUUCUUCCUCACAAAGCAAAGAGAAAUGGCGAAUACGAAGCCGCAGAAAACUGUUCUGCUCCUCUGUGGAGACUACAUGGAAGACUAUGAGGUAAUGGUGCCUUUCCAAGCACUGCUUGCUUACGGAGUUGCUGUCGAUGCCGUUUGCCCCGGAAAGAAGGCCGGCGAUAUUUGCCGCACCGCCAUUCAUAUUCCUCUCGGCCAGGUCACCUUUCUUUACAAAGAAAAAAUCGAUCCCAUUUGGCAUUUUCACUGGCUGCAGUCUUAUUCCGAGUCACGGGGUCACAAUUUUACACUCAAUGCAACUUUUGAUGAAAUUGAGAUCAGCAAAUAUGAUGGGUUGGUUAUUCCAGGAGGACGGGCUCCUGAAUAUCUUGCUAUGGAUUUAUCAGUGGUAGACAUUGUAAAGAAAUUUUCCAAUUCUCAAAAGCCAAUUGCCUCUAUUUGCCAUGGUCAAUUGAUAUUGGCAGCUGCUGACGUAGUCAAAGGUCGGAAAUGCACUGCAUUUGCUCCUGUUGGGCCUACACUUAUUGCUGCUGGUGCAUCAUGGGUGGAACCUGAAACCAAUAAAGCUUGUGUUAUUGAUGGUAAUAUCAUUACCGGGGCUACCUAUGAGGGGCAUCCUGAGUUCAUUCGGCUUUUUGUGAAAGCACUUGGUGGCAUCAUAAAGGGUGCAGACAGAAGGAUUCUAUUUCUUUGUGGUGAUUUCAUGGAAGAUUAUGAAGUGACAGUUCCUUUUCAGUCUCUGCAAGCUCUGGAAUGCCAUGUUGAUGCAGUUUGCCCAAAGAAGAAGGCUGGUGAAACCUGCCCAACUGCUGUCCAUGAUUUUGAAGGUGACCAAACUUACAGUGAGAAGCCAGGCCAUCCUUUCACUCUAACAGCCAAUUUUGAGGACAUAGAUGCCUCAAGUUAUGAUGCACUGGUUAUUCCUGGGGGUCGAGCACCAGAAUAUUUGGCAUUAGACAGGACAGUGAUUGCUUUAGUGAAGAAAUUCAUGGAGUCCAGGAAGCCAGUGGCAUCGAUUUGCCACGGACAACAGAUUUUAGCCGCAGCAGAUGUUCUGAAGGGAAAGAAGUGCACUGCAUACCCUGCUGUGAAACUGAACGUUGUCUUGUCAGGAGCAAUUUGGUUAGAGCCUAAUCCGAUUGAUCGUUGCUUUACUGAUGGAAAUUUGGUUACUGGAGCUGCUUGGCCAGGCCACCCUGAGUUCAUUUCUCAGUUAAUGGCUUUACUCGGCAUCAAGGUUUCUUUCUAAUCGAAAUCCGCACUCUGGUGAUAGUGAACUUGCCACUUGUUAAAUACUGUGUACAUCUCCCAAUAAGUGGCUUCCUUUGUGAUGGUCAAAAAACAAAAAGUGGUUUGCUUUGUGUGCUGACCUUUAUUUUUCUUUUAUAAAGCCGUUUUUCCCUUUUGACUGUGCUCAUAAUUCUUAGUGUCAAUGAGUCGGCUCAAAUGCUAUUUCCUUGGAAAACUGCGUGUAACGCUUUAGUAUUUAGUAGUCGUCUCAGUGAUCUCCGGUCUCACUGACAAUAGUCUUUAGGUCAUCUCCAAUAGGGCUUAACCCCUAACACAGGAGAGCCGGUUUCUUAUUUAUUUUCCUAAUUUUUAGAUACGUAGGUUAAAUAAAACAUAAUUUUUUAA